CGGUGUAACCGAGGCCCUCACCAUUUUUACCCAUAACUCAGAUCUCACCGCCUUCCUUUACAAGCUUACAUUUCCUUCAACCACAGCUCUCUCUCUCUCUUUCUUUUAUUAAUUUUUUGUUUCUCUCGUUUGCCUCUUAACGGAGAGAGAAAGAAAAAAAAGAACACCCAGAGUCUCAGAUCAGGUUGUUAUCUAUAUAUCAAGAUGCAAUCAAGCAACGGUCCUGAUCUGAACUCAAAGCCGCCACAGCAACAAGGCAGCCAGCAACAGCAACAGCCGCAGUGGGUGCCAAACCAGUGGAUGGGAGCCAUGGAAUACCCGGUGGCUGCGAUGGUAAUGAUGCAGCAGCAGAUGAUGAUGUAUCCUCAUCAUUAUAUGCCUUACAACAAUCAUCAUUUCCAGUAUCAACAAUAUCAACAGCAGCAGCAGCAACAACAAAAACAGCAACACCAGCAGCAAAGCUACUUACAGAAACAGCAGCAAGGAUCUAAUGCGGAUGAGGUUAAAACGAUCUGGGUUGGUGACCUUGUUCAUUGGAUGGACGAAACUUAUCUUCAUUGUUGCUUUUCUCACACUGGAGAGGUUUCUUCUGUAAAAAUUAUUCGCAAUAAGCAAACUGGUCAGUCUGAAGGAUAUGGAUUUGUGGAAUUUAACUCACGAGCAACAGCUGAAAAGGUUUUACAAAGCUAUAAUGGCUCUCCAAUGCCAAGUACAGAGCAGCGUUUUCGUCUGAAUUGGGCUUCAUUCAGUGUGAAUGAAAGGCGAUUGGAUGCUGGUUCUGACCUAUCUAUAUUUGUAGGAGAUUUGGCUGUGGAUGUAACUGAUACAAUAUUGCAUGAAACCUUUUCUAGUAGAUUUCAAUCUGUCAAAGGUGCAAAAGUUGUCAUUGAUUCAAAUACUGGUCGUUCAAAAGGUUAUGGCUUUGUUAGGUUUGGUGAUGAAAAUGAAAGGUCAAGGGCCAUGACUGAAAUGAGUGGUGCGUAUUGCUCAAGUAGACCUAUGAGAAUUGGUGUUGCUACUCCCAAGAAAGCAUCUGGAUAUCAACAACAGUAUUCUUCACAAGCUUUGGUAUUGGCUGGUGGACAUGCAUCAAAUAGUGCUGUAGCCCAAGGUUCUCAAUCUGAUAAUGAAUCAAAUAAUGCUACUAUAUUUGUUGGAGGACUUGACUCAGAUGUUAGUGAGGAUGAUCUAAGACAACCUUUUUCCCAGUUUGGUGAGGUCAUAUCUGUAAAAAUACCACCCGGAAAAGGAUGUGGGUUUGUGCAAUUUGCAAACAGGAAGAAUGCUGAGGAAGCAAUCCAGAGUUUGAAUGGGACAACCAUAGGCAAGCAGACUGUCCGUCUUUCUUGGGGUCGCACUAUAGGAAACAAACAGUGGAGAGCUGAUUCUGGUAACCAGUGGAAUGGAGGAUAUCAUCGAGGACAAGGUUAUGGUGGUUAUGGCUACAGCUAUGCUACAACACCAAAUCAGGAUCCAAGCAUGUAUACUGCAGCUGCUGUUCCUGGUGCUUCUUAAGAGGGGUUGUAUGACAAUCACCAAUGGCUUGUAAUCUGAACUUGCAGGAGAAGUUAGAGAUUAUUCAUCAGAUUCAUUUUUAAGGAUGGAUUUUGCUUCCUGCUUUGGCUGAUCUUCAGGUUACAAAUUUUUGUAGCUGGAUUUAAUUUUUAAAUGGAGUUACUUUUAGAACUGUAUUAAUAUGUCAUUUACAACAUUAAUUUUGUGCUUGAGAGGUGUUUUUCGAUGUGUCGGGAAGAUUUCUUGUUCUG